GCCGGUGACAUUUUGACAUUUGUUCAGUGAAUCGCUGUGAACGUUCACAGUUGUGCUCACCAGUUUGACAUUUUGUUUGGAAAACGUUUAGGAAAGAUGAACACCGUUUUGUCGAGAGCGAACUCCCUUUUCGCCUUUUCUCUCAGCGUCAUGGCAGCUUUAACAUUUGGAUGUUUCAUCACCACGGCGUUUAAAGACAGAACAGUUCCUGUGGACGUCCGGGUUUCCAAAGUCAUGCUGAAGAAUGUUGAUGACUUCACUGGACCCAGAGAGCGCAGUGAUCUGGGCUUCAUCACUUUUGACCUCUCCGCUGAUUUGCAGCCUAUUUUUGACUGGAACGUUAAACAGCUCUUUCUGUAUUUGUCAGCGGAGUACACAACAAAAAGCAAUUCUCUGAAUCAGGUUGUACUCUGGGAUAAGAUUGUCCUUCGGGGUGAAAACAACAAACUGAACCUCAAAGACACCAAGUCAAAGUACUUCUUCUUCGAUGAUGGAAACGGGCUGAGGGCCAACAAGAACAUCACUCUGACGCUGUCCUGGAAUGUCGUUCCCAACGCUGGAAUACUACCGCUUGUAGUUGGAAGUGGAUAUGUCAGUAUUCCCUUUCCAGAUAAAUAUGAGACGGCCAAGAGCUAUUAGAAGCAAAGAAAAGACCUACUUCACUCCCAAGCUUUGUAUAAUGACAGGCAUACUGGUAAUGCAUUUUUUACCUCUCACACACUCAUGAAUGGUGUUGGACUUAUUACCAAAACAAGAUAAUAUUAAUACAAAACUCACAAAAUAUUGCAUUGAAUUGAAGUGGAAUACAGGAUGUGUGUAUUUGAUGCAGGUUUUUCUCUGCUCACAAAAAAGGAGACACUCAGCAAGUUUUCAAUGUUUAGUUAUGAAAGUAUCCAGCUUAUUUUCCUCACACACUUGUUUGUGUUUACAACUAAAGCACAGGCAGGAGGCCAUCUUUUUACUUGGAGCAUUAUGAGCCUUUUUUUUUUAAACUUAAAGUUAUUAUGUUACAAACAAAUGUCAAUACAAGUGAAAGAAAAGAAGAAUCACCUUUUAGAUAAGAAUGUUGUUUUCAAAAACUUCUGAAUUGCGUUUAUUUUAUUAAACUGAAAACUGCCUGUG